UUGUAAAAAAUGUUUUACUUUCGGUUUGCUCCGAAAUCCCAAUUUCAUCGAGUACGAGUGCAGAUGUCAGAUCCAAAAUAUGUGUUCACAGAGCAGGAUAGGUUCAAAUGAUCCUGAAACCAGGGCCCUACGACAAAGGGUUAAUUUACAUUUCCAAUAUUUAUAUGACACUGCAGUCCAGGAAGGACUCCAGCCAUCCGAUUUAAUGAAAAUCGAUGCUGUUGUGGAACUGAGGGAAGAUCUCAAUAGUUUCGAAAUCCCAAAUUAUGUCUGGAAAUGUCUUGCAGCUUUCGUUAUUUCGUUUAUAUCCCUUGUCAUUGUCUACCUGUCUGAAUGGCCUGUUGAUAACGACACAGUUUUCAAAUUGUGGAUGGACGUCGGGGGAGCGGAUCCAAUAAGUCAUCAGUGUGCUGUGGAAGUAUUUGAAUUCAUGCCGGAGAUGUUUCGACCCCCGGCGCGAUCCUGUAAUUUUUGUCGAAAUGUGAAAUCCGUUAAGAAAGUGGAAAAUAUUUCUCCAGAACAGUUUGAGGAGUUGUAUGCUUAUACAGGUAGACCAGUGGUUGUUAGAGAUGGGACAAAGGACUGGACGGCCUCCACACAGUUCUCAUACAAAUUUUUGAAAUCCAUUUACAGUAAAAAUAGUACUGCACUGAAAAAUGUGGAAGAAAAUUGCCAAUUUUUCCCAUAUAAAUCCAAUUUUAAAGAUUUAGAGGAGGUGUUUGAUAUGAGUGAUGAUAAGGCUUUGAUGAAGGAUAGGUCAUCGCCUUGGUACAUAGGAUGGAGCAAUUGUGACCUCUCAGCAGCUAACACACUCAGGCAACACUACAGCCGUCCAUACUUCCUGCCAAAGCGGGCAGAGUCCAGUAAGACUGAUUGGAUCUUUAUGGGGAGUCCAGGAUAUGGAGCCUCCAUGCAUAUAGAUUAUGUUAACCAUCCUUCCUGGCAAGCACAGAUCACUGGAACCAAACGCUGGACUCUGGAGCCCCCGUCAGAGUGUUAUUUCCAGUGUCCGAGAUCUUUGGAAGUUAUCGUUCAACCAGGGGAAAUAAUUGUUCUGGACACAAAUCUGUGGUACCACGCGACACUGAAUGUUGGAGACAAUAUCAGCAUCACUAUUGGAUCAGAGUACGAUUGACAUUCAAAAUAUACAAAGAAACUUGUAAUUUGUUUUAAUUCUAUGUAAGGUAUGAUAUGUAUAUCUACUUAUGAUAAACAUUUGUAAUGUUUAAUGCAGUUUUUAUAUGCCCGUCUUUAGCCGGGAUGAAUGUAUUAUGGUACAGUGAUGUCUGUAAGUCCAUCCGUACAUCCAUCUGUUUGGGGUUGUCCAUUUCUAUUUUCAUGUUUUCUGUCGCAUAUCAAGCUGAAAGCUUCUGCGGGUCACUCUAUAUCAUGUUACAAUUUUAAUCCAUUUCGAACUCUCUUGCAGAAGUUUAACCCUUUAGAAUAGGUCCUCAGUACCCCUUUCUUUUCGUAAGAGGCGACUAAAUGGGGUGGUCCUUUGGAUGAGACCACAAAAACCGAGGCCCUGUGUCACAGCAGGUGUGGCACGAUAAAGAACCCCCAUGCUCAAAGGCUGUAAGCGUUGAGAAUAGAUCUAAAUUUUUCAGCCCUUCACCGGCAAUGGUGACGUCUCCAUAAGAGUGAAAAAUUCUCGAGCAAUAUACUACCAACCUUGGUAAUAUGGAGGGUACAUAAAUUGUCUGGCCAACUCCACCCACAAUUUUCGAAUAAGAACAUUCUUAUUUUACAGGGUGUUUGUGAAGUAUUUAAGAUGAUAUCCUUCUAUAUGGGUUAUCGGUUAAGACUUGAAACUUUGUACAAUUCUUCUUUACCAAUUGUAGAUGUGCAUAUUGUAGGGACAGGAGGAUCCAAUUUUUUUACUAAAAGUUAUAGUGGAUCCAAGAGGGGUGGAGGAUGUAAAACUUAUUUGUGAACACUAUAUGGCUUAUUGGAUAGAUUUGAAACUUUGUACAAUGCUUCAUUGCGAUUUACAUAGAUGUGCAUAUUGUAGGGACAGGAGGAUCCAAUUGUUUUCCUUAAAGUUAUAGUGGAUCUGAGGGAUGUAGACUGUAAAAUAGUUUGUGAACACUUCUCCUAUGUGGCUUAUUGGAGUUCAUAAUGUCUAUGUUCCUGCUCAUGCUUUCUCCUCCAUACCAUGCAGUACAUUAAGGGGAGGAGGUUUCAUUUGGAGCACCUAUUUGGGGAACUGGGGAGACAUUUGUUUUUCAUAGAAACAAUCUCUAGUUUUCUUUGAUGUUUGUAAAAAUUGCAGCGUAUUAAAUGUAAUCAAAUGUGGGAAAGUAUUUUACAAACAGAGCUCUUGGUUUGUCUACAUAAUUUCUAAACUUGGUCCUUAAUUCAUACAAUGCAAAAGAAUGCCACAGCUACAACCCAUGGCGUAAGAAAGCUUGUGAUGGGCGUAUUAUGUAUACCGUUUCUGGUGCUUUUUUAAAACAAUAUUUCUGUUUUAUAUUCAGUCUCCCAAACGAAGUUUAGAGACUUAUUGUUUUUGCUCGGUUCUUAGUUCUGCUGCUUCUUUCUUGUGCCUAAAACUGUCUGAUGCCGUUCUCCAUAACCUGUUGAUGAAAGUAUUAGAUAUUUAAGGCUAUGAUAGGUCGAUGUAUCUAGAUAUGCAGAAAUGAUUGUUUUCAGAUUGAAGGGGUUAGGGUGCAUUUUAAGGGGAUCAAAUGGGGGUGGGGUUUAUCAUAGAACUCUAGGGGGGGGGGGGAUUAAUUCCAAAAUUCAACAGCUAUAAGUUGACAAAUAUGAUAGAGUUCUGGGGUCUUUUGGAAAUGAGAUGACAAUGACAGGACUUACAAAUUAGUAUCAAGGUCAAGCGACUCCAGUGACCUCUGACCUGACCAUAAACUUGGUGUUACUUAAGAACUAUAGGUCUGAUAGAGAGAUGGGAUCUUCAGAAAUGAUAAAAGGAUGAUGGGAUUUACAAAUUGGUAUCAAGGACAAGGACUAUAUUUUGUUAUCAAGAGUUUUUAAAUGAAAGUUGAAAAUUGGCAUGGACUUUGUGCAAGGGUGGAAAAUAGUAGUACUCAGGAAAAGCCCAUUUUUAUACAGCCAGUACUUCAUUUGGGAGACUUUAUAAUUGGCAGUUUAUAAUCAUAUGUUGUUAAUAUGAAAAAUUAUGUUACCAGUUGAUUAAUUUACCACAAAGUUAUAAACGAAUAUAUGUGAUCUCAGGAUCUUUUGGUACAAUUAAAUUUCACGUUUUAAA